AUGCAGUUAAAUCAUCGUCUACCUAUUCAUACAAUCAGUUUCAAUUGUAAUGAUCCUGAGGCUAAUGAAUUUCUUAUACAGUUAGCUCAAGAAACUGGUGGUCGAUUUCAUUACUAUAAUGAAUUUCCAAAUGAUAAUAAUAAGCCACAACAAUGGGAGAGUGAAGAUAUAAGACUAUUAGAAAAAGAAUAUCAACUUGGCUUAGAUAAUCUUGAAAAAUUAGCCCAAAUAAGAGAUGAAUGUUAUUUAUUACGUAUGAAGUCAACUAAAAGUAUAAAAGGUGUUCAAAGUAAAACUUAUCAAUUGAAAUCAUUACAAAACAAGUUACCUUCUUCAGAUGUAACAAAUUCAGAUAAAGGUUCAAUAGUUUCAUUUAAACAAAAUCAAUGUAAAAGAUCUUAUUCUAGUCAUCAAUCUACCUAUAAUGAUCAUAAUAUUAACAAUAAAACAAAAGCUAAGUUGAUACAUUGUUCAACUGUUUUGUUUAAUCAAUCUAAAACAAUAAAUUCCAAAAAGUCAACAAUUCGAAAAUGGCAACCAAUUCAAAAACUUUCUAAUGAUCCGUAUUAUCCAAAUCUACAGAGUCUAUGCGCAAAUGUUGACAGUGGAAACGAUUUUGUUUUAUAUGAAACUAAACAGUUACUGGAUCGACAAAGUCAACGGUACAAUGAAGCUAAACGAGAAGAAAUUUCGGCGCACAAGACGAAAAAGCAGCUGAUGGAACUGAAAAAUCAGGAACAAUUUAUACUAUUCCAGAAUGCAUUAGGUCAUCAUGUUGUCUCAGAGGUAUUAAAACAAACUUUACCUAUUGCAUAUGUGAGUAGAACAAAGUUAUUGAAGUGUCCGGAAAUUCGAUUAUUCAAUCCAUUGGCAAUUAAUUUUGAACAAUAUGAAAAGAAUUUAAGAAAUGCUUUAUUCACUAUUGAAAAGAAGUUAAUUGAAAUAAUUUUUCAAUACUUGAAUAAUGAAUCUUUAAAUAGUCUAUGUAAAGAUGUUCAUCUUGAUAAGUAUAAAAAAUGGCGAUCAAAAUUAUGUUGGUAUCAAGAUUAUAAGUGUAUAAUUAAAACAUUUGAAAAAUUGAAUUGGCCAUUUCCACAACAUGAAUUAAUUCUAUUGACAAAUGAACUUGACGCGGGACAAAAAUAUUUGGAACAAGUAAAAAACUUGAAAAAACAAUCAUGUAGAUCAUCUAUAAAAUGUGAUAAUAUAUUGACAACUAGAUAUGCACCAUGUGGUCAUCCUUAUCGAGUAUUAUCAGUGAACAAAUAA